AGCUGUCCACGGUGCUGACGAGAGAGAUAUUCCGCGCUCGAGCUCACGGUGCAACACAGAGAUAAACACGCAGGGAGCGAUGCGCAGCGCACUCGCGACUCUCCGUUAAAACAGACCGAAAGCUAAAGGUAAAUCAUGUCUUCACCAUCUAGAUGCUGUGCGACAUAUGUGUCCAUCUUUCCCUCCCUCCUUCUCCUUUCCUUUUUCCCCUCUUUCAUUUUUGGUGUACAAGGGGCAACACUCAGAGAUCAUAGCCUAAGUGGGAACGAACCCGGCUCCUAUGGACCUGUGUCCCAACUCCACCCUCCUCCGAGUGCUGAGAUGCUCAGAGCUCUACGCUACAUCCAAAACCUAAGCCAGCGUACCUCAUCCGAACCCCUCGCCGAUGAUCAACAGCCGACCACCGCAGACUAUGACUCAGAUGACAUGGAAAGCAUCCAUUCAAUGCUACAACUGGCAUCACCUGCCCGUAGUGCCACAGGAAUGGAUAGAGGCAUUGAAGAGAGAGAGGAAGACAAAGAGAGGGACAACACUCAAGAAUGGCUGCAAGCGGUGCUUACAACACUGCACAAGACUGAAGGGCAAACAGAGCCCCAAAAGUUGUCCCAGAAAUUUAUUACGCAUGCCUCAUUACCGUCACGCCCUCGCUAUGCCAUCCGACCACUCUUGAGACCAAAGGAACAACUAAAGGCGGACACUUCUGCAGAGAAUUACGGGAGGACCUCAUGGGCCAAUUCUGGCAGCCGGAGACCACACAGGCAGUACCCACUCAUGUUUGAAGAUGAGGAUGGCCAGGAACAGCCACUCAAACGGACCAAUGAGAAUGCAGAGGAACAGUACACGCCCCAGAAACUGGCCACCCUUCAAUCUGUGUUCGAGGAACUGAGUGGAAUCUCCACUUCCAAGGCAGCUUCCAAGGCCAACAGCAAGAGGGAAAGUGCUGGGGCCAACACUCAUGAUGAUGAUGAAGAAGAUGAUGAUGAUGAUGACUUGUACAGGCAGAGGAAGAUGGCCUUGGAGGGCAUCAUGGGACCAGAUGAAUGGACACCUCUGGAGGAACAGAUAGAGACCAAAGAAGAAGAAAGCGAGAGGCACAGCUUUACUCGCAACCUUGAGGAUGACGAGGAGGAGCAGGAAGAGGAAGAGGAGGAAGAUGAUGAUGUCAAAAGAUCCAACCAAUCUGAUUUGUUUCAGACAGAAAAAGAUGACCCUGAGGACAUUGCCAAGCUUGUGGACUACUAUCUGCGGAAAAUUUUAGAAAAGAAAAAGCAAGAGGAACAGGCAAACAAGAGGGAACAAGAAGAGGACGAAAGUGACCGAGAGGUGGAGAAAAAAGAUGCGGAUGAAGAAGAAGAGAUGGAUGAAGAGGAGAGAGGCAUUAAUCCCAUGCUCAAUACAUUCCCCCAGUCUCUGUCUCAGCUAAUCAAAAUCUCUCAAAAGCUCCAAAUCCCACCGGAGGAAGUCCUUGACCUUCUUCAGAAAGAGAAGCAGAAAGACUUCUUUGCAAUUCCUUCGGAGUCACGUACAGCCGCACGUACCUACACCACCACUCACGAUGCACACAAGACAUUUGCUGCAGCACCACACCGACGGCCGCUUAAGACACUGGAGAGCCACAACAUUGCACAAGACAUACUGAGCAUCCUCGAGCUGGCGAGUGCGGCGCUUCAAAAUUACAAACUCCAGCAAAGACUAACGCAACCGAAAACAUCGCAAUAUUACAAGAAGGAACGAGACCUCCCAGAGUACGUGUUACCAGAAACAAGCAGGGAUGAUUAUGAUGACACCAUGGGUGAUGAAGACGAACUUGCCAAUUACAUGGCCUCAGAGAUGUUUGCGCAAGGACCGAGGCGUGGGCAUCUGUCGCCCUCACGUGACGAGGAACAGUCCAUGUAUGGAAAGCAUGAACGUGCUGUCCAGGACUACUUCGAUAAAAGUAUGCCAGAAAAGAGACCGGUGGAGCGUAUGGGCACAGCCACAGGCAUAGAUGACUUCACAAUGAUGAAAAUACUGAGGUACAUCGACCCGGAAAGCGACAAUGCCAGCGAAACAGACUCUGAGGGGGAAACUGUCCCUGAAAUGUAGAUAAAGAUUAUAUUCAUUGUUUGAAGUUUGAAUUCUCAUAUAAUAAAGUAUUUUGAAAAUAUAUAUAAAUAUAUAUUCCCUAAUUGCGUUAGUCAGUGUCGUGCUCCAGAUUAUCUCAUUUUGUACCCUCUAGAGCAGAAAAAGAGUAUUUUAGUAAACCCAACAAAUAUGUUUCUCAGUCCCGUGGUAGCUCUUUUUUGGUAGCGAUAAGAACACACACAGAUUUUGUUCCCUUUUUACGGUACUUGUCCACUGGCGCGAGAUGAGCGGGCGUUGUCACUUCAUCUCAAUGAGUGCUGAGUGACACGCUUAUGCAGAGGAUUGCGGAAUUAGCAGAGUAAGUGUUUGCUGUGUCCAAAUAUGCAUACUUCCUUAGUAUAUACAGUAGUAUGCCAAAAGCAGUAUGUCAUUGGAGAAAGUAGGCGAGAAAUACCCGGAUGACCUACUACUGUAUAUCAGGUACAAUUCUGAAGUCUGUGACUGAGUUCAGAAUGGCAUACUACCAUACUACUUAUCCAUAUCUGUCAGAAAUAGUAAGAGCAGUAUGUUAGCAUGCCGUUACAAACUUGGCAUCCAUCCACUGGACUCUUUACUGUUCCAUAAUGCCAAGGGAGCUGCGGAGACAUCACAUUCAAAACGCUAAAUUAAAUUAAAUAUCAGAGAACCACGAGUCAGGUGGAUAUUUUAAACUCUAAGUGAUAUAUAUCUCAAGAGAGUUGUUCCUUGUGGUUGAAUUGUACUUGGUUAACAACACCAGAGUAGAUUAUUUAUUUGGGUUAUGGAACAAUGCCCACAUUCCAGGAUGAAGUAGGAAGUAUUCAAAAUACUUGCAUGCAUACCUAAAGAAUGAACUUUUUUAACAACUGAAAAGUACAUUCUUUAUCAAAAGCAAUACAUACUCUGACAGUACGCAAAUUCGGAUGCAGCUGUUGAGACCAUCAAAAAAGUUGAGGAAAUGUUGCGCACCAUCGCGUGUUUAUAUCAGCGUCUUCCACUGAACGCGUUUAGAUGCAUGCUUCUGCCACGAAAGUUGACGGGGGAGAAUAGGGUGAUAGAUGCCACAAAUAGGGCCCCCCUUGGAGUUGUGGGCCUCUGGGUUUCAGCCUGUGUAAGGCAGUACAUUAAUGCGCCCCUGGUAAUAGCGCAUAUAAGCACCUUUGACUAGAACACAGAAGUGAUGUUCCCCAAUUCCUACAGAAGCCUGUUUUUGUUUCCUGGUCUCCAGUGUUUUCACUUGCAUCGGUGUAUGUUUUUAGCGGAUUGUGGGAUGUUUAGCGUAUUCAAUUUGUGAAAAACAUGUGGCUCCAUAGUGUCGAUACUUUACAGAGUCACGAUGACUGUCGUUUGACAGUGCCUCACCUGUCAAAGUUUAACAAGUAGAUGUUAUGAAGCGAUUGCCUGAGGUUUGUUUAGUUGAUAUCAUUAACUACUUUGAGUUAACAACAGCACAAGAUUAGCCUGUAGUUAUUUUUACUCAAACUUAAACUUAAAAUGGUUGUUGUUUUCCUUUUGGACCACUCAGAAGACAGGAAUCAAAAAAUCAUUCCAGAUGCAACCAGAAUCAUCAUGGUGCUACCCAGUGGUUGGUCAGGAAAACUAUAGAUAUGAUGAUUUUAUUGACCAUGUACUGAAAUGAAUCAUAGACAAUACAUACUCACUGUACAUGUAAUCAGACAUGGCCCCAAAGAGGCAGCUCUCCAGCGUUUCUUCCACGCCAGUGGACACAUACCAUUAAUGGCGCUUAAACAGCAGUUAUGUUUUCAGUCAGUCAGUAUCUUGUGCGUGUGAUGAGGUCAUGUGUGACAUGGCAGAGGUAAAUAAAGCAUUUGUUC